AUGUCAAACGAUCUUGGUAUUAUUGGCCUAGGAGUGAUGGGAGCCAAUUUGGCUCUCAAUAUCGCCGAGAAAGGCUUCCAUGUGGCUGUCUACAAUCGUACAGCUUCGAAAACGGUGGAUUUUAUUACUAAGAACAUCAAGUCUAAACCCUUUGACACCAAUUUGCAUGGCUUUGAUACCUUGGGAGAAUUUGUUAAAUCCAUUAAAACACCGCGGAAGAUCUUUAUUUUGGUCCAAGCAGGUGCGGCGACAACUGAGACGAUCAACAAUCUUCGGGAGGUCCUCUCGCCAAAAGAUAUCAUUAUUGACACUGGGAACGCGAAUUUCAAGGACCAAGGGGCUCGUGCAGAGCAGCUGGAGAAGGAGGGGCUACGUUUUAUGGGAAUAGGCAUAUCCGGCGGCGAGGAGGGCGCACGGAAAGGGCCCGCCUUCUUCCCCGGCGGUACCCCCAGCACUUGGGGGGAGGUCCGCCCAAUCGUCGAGGCGGCCGCCGCCAAGGCGGAGGAUAAUCGGCCCUGUGUGACCUUCAACGGCCGUGGCGGGGCGGGGUCUUGUGUAAAAAUGUAUCAUAAUGCAGGCGAGUACGCCAUCCUGCAGAUCUGGGGAGAGAUUUUCAGUGCCCUUCGGGCGAUGGGGUUGACAAACGACGAGAUCGGGGACAUCUUUGAGGCCUGGAAGGCCAAGGGGUUCUUGAAGUCCUACAUGCUGGAUAUCAGCAUUGCCGUUUGCCGUGCGAAGGAGGAAGGGAAUUAUCUCACGGAAAAGGUCAAGGAUCGUAUUGGCUCCAAAGGGACCGGCCUGUGGUCAGUGCAAGAGGCGUUGGAGGUUGGCGUGCCGGCGCCUUCGCUGGCGAUGGCUGUCAUCUCGCGCCAGCUGACGAUGUAUAAGGAGGAGCGCAUUGCAAACGCGGCGAACAUCCCAAUUGUCAAGCAGGGCUCCGGGAUUACCCUUACCGACAAGUCUGAUAGCUCGGCCGAGGUUCGGCAGCUUUAUCACGCGGCCUGCCUUUCGAUUAUCGCGAGCUACGCGCAAAUGUUCCAAUGCCUGCGGGACCUCGACAAAGUCUACGACUUCGGGCUCAAUCUGCCUGCCACGAUCGCGACCUUUCGCGCCGGAUGUAUCCUACAAGGGCACCUUCUCCAGCCUAUGACGGAAGCCUUCGAGAAGAACCCUAAUUUAUCUAAUCUAAUGUGCCACUUUAAGAAGGAGAUCAUGGAGGGGAUUCAUAGCUAUCGCAGUAUCAUGGGAUCCCUCACCGCGAAUACGUCGAUCGCCUUGCCUGUGAUGUCGGCUUCUCUGAACUACAUCAACGCCAUGUUUACGCCGCUCUUGCAAUACGGCCAGAUUGUAUCUCUCCAGCGCGAUGUAUUCGGCCGCCACGGCUACGAGCGUUUGGAUAAACCAGGAAGUGAAUGCUUCACCUGGCCGGAGCUUCAGUAG